CGAAACAAAAACAUAACCAAACUAGAUCUAUAGCUUUAAUAGGUCUAGAUCUAGACAAGACCACAUCACUAGUCUAUAUGAUGUUGAGAUCUGCCCAUUAUAAAAUUGAAUUCGUGUAGACUGUCUCUCUCAAAAUUUAUAUUAGACUCUUAUUCUUGGCCUUUGACAAGCAGAUCAUUAGCUUUAUAAAUUGACUUGACUCAUUCCUAUCUACAACAGCUAUUUUUAAUUCAACUAAUAGUGAUAGUUGGUUUAACACCCUGAGACAAUAAAGCUCUACAGCAGUACUUACAUUAAAGAUGUCAGCAACAACUAAAAAGAAACAUGUCACCAAAGAGGUCUUAGAAGAGUACCCUUUACCAGAAGGCAACAAACAGAUAGUGAAGGUGACAGCUGCCAAGGGAAAUAAUUUGCAUGAGGUUAUCGAUGCAGAAGGGGAAACUUUUCUUGUCAGCAUGCCAACAAAAUUCAGGAAGCAUGUCUGGAUAAAAAGAGGUGACUAUAUAAUGGUUGAGCCAAUAGGUGAAGGAGACAAAGUGAAGGGGGAGAUUACACACAUUCUAUUUAAGGAGCAGAUCAAAUAUAUCCAAGAGAAAGGUUUGUGGCCUGCUAAAUUCUCCACCACUACAAACCAGCAGCAAAGUGGUAUGAUACCAUCUGACCUCCUUCCUCCCAGCGAUGAGGAUGAUGAUGACGAUGGAGAUAAUCUGUCUGAUCUGGUACGCAAUUUGAACAGAGUUGAGGUUACUGAGCUAGAGAGUGAAUCAGAAGACAGCUGCUCAGAGGAAGAAGAAGAGGUUGAUGAAGAUGACAGCCAAGAGGAAAACUGUAACAAUUCAAGCAAUUCCAAGCUGACCAAAAAGAGUGAUAAUACUAGUAACUGUUCAACUAAUUUGUCAGAACGAUAAACACUUAUCAUCUUAUUGUUGGUAUGAUGUUCUUCAAGUCAUAACUCACAUAAUAUCAGCAUCAUCUAUACAAUUGUAUUGUCUUGACUUAAGGAUGUCUUUCACUGGUUUUAAGAAUGACUUGUUAUUUUACAAUGCAAUGACUCAUAAUGAAUGAUGUGCAAGUGUUGUUAUCUUAAGGUGUUUUUUUAAACCUUAACAGUUUAAAUAAAAAUCUUUGUUGAAUGGUU